AUGGUUGAUUCCAUUGCCGAAGUUCCGAUGGUCAAAAGUUCUUUGGCACCGGUGGUGCUGCCGCCGGCGGAAGAAUCUAUAGUCUUUGAUGCUUCCAUGGUUCAUCAGUACCAGUCCAACAACAUACCAGUGCAAUUCGUAUGGCCUGAUGAAGAAAAACCCUCAGCAGAGGCACAAGAACUUCCUGUUCCGAUCAUCAACUUGGGUGAUUUCCUCUUUGGAGACCCAGUUGCAGUCAUGGAAGCAACCAAGAAGGUCAAUGAGGCUUGCGAGAAACAUGGGUUCUUCAUGAUCGUUAAUCACAACGUUAUUGAUGAUCAAUCUAUAGCCGAAGUUUAUGAAAAAUUGGAGUUGUUCUUCAAGAUGCCACUCCAUGAAAAACAAGUGGCUCAAAGAAAGACUGGUGAGGGCGUUGGUUUUACAAGUAGCUAUACUGGAAGAUUCUCCACAAAACUCCCAUGGAAGGAGACACUCUCUCUUCGCUAUUUGAAUGACAGUAACAGCAUUGAGGAAUAUUUCUUGGAUGUCUUAGGUGAAAGCUUCGAUGAUUUUGGGAAGGUAUACCAGGAAUAUGGCAAGAAAAUGAAUAUUCUUGCACUUUGGAUCAUGGAGUUGUUGGGAAUGAGUCUUGGUGUUGGCCGGAGCCAUUUCCGGGAGUUCUUCGAAAACAAUGAUUCGAUAUUGAGGCUCAACUACUAUCCGCAAUGCCAAACACCUCAUCUUACACUUGGAACCGGUCCUCAUUCCGAUCCAAAUCCUUUAACAAUCCUUCAUCAAGAUGAGGUUGGUGGUCUGCAAGUACUUGUUGAUGGAGAAUGGCGUUCCAUAAGCCCCCAUUCUGAUGCAUUUGUUGUUAACAUUGGAGACGCCUUCAUGGCUCUAUCAAAUGGGAAAUACAAGAGUUGCUUGCACAGAGCUGUGGUCAACAGUGAAAAACCAAGGAAAUCUGUUGUCUUCUUUCUGCAUCCGAAGCCGGAGAAGGUGGUGAAGCCACCAAGUGAGCUGGUUGAUGAGGAACAUCCAAGGUUGUAUCCAGACUUCAAAUGGCAGCAACUUCUUGAUUUCACUCUGAAGCACUAUAGGGCUGACAUGAAUACUCUGGCUUCCUUCUCAAAUUUUAUUAAUGACAAACAUAGAGUAACAUCUAACUACAUAGAAGCAUGUAGUAUUUCACUCUUAUCUAAAGAGUCUCCUAGCCAUAGUGGACAAUUCGCCUCAAGUUUUACUGAUAAUGACAAAGAUCUGGCGAAAGCAAUAAUGCAGGUCAAGCAAGAGCUUUACCAACUAGAUGAUUUACUUAAUGAGGACUCGAUACUUUUCAGAAAUGCAAGGUGGAAGGUUCUUUUCAGUGAAAACUUCAGGAAUUCUUUUGUGAAGCUGGAGUCGAUGCAAAAAAAGAAAUCAGUGAUUUAUCUAUUACUGAAGCUCUCCAGUGGAUGGCGCCCCAAAAAAACAAAUGUAUAUCCCAAUUGUGAAAGGUCUGUACAGCUUGUGAAACAGUUCAAAAUUGGAAAUUUGCGUAUUAUUUGUUCCGUUGAUAUUAUGAAAUAUGAAUGCUACCUGCAAGUUUUGAAGAUUUGGGAUAUUUUACCUCCUGAGGAGAUUCCAAAACUGGUUGAACGUCUGGAUAGCUUCUUUGUAGCAUUAACAGAUGAUUUUGUUAAUCUCUGUAAUGUGAAAUGCACGGAUGGGAAUUUGGAAGUGCCCAUGAGCUGGCCAAGGUCUUACAACAUUGUUCGGUGUAGGAACAUAUGUUUUAAACAACUUCGGAAGGUUUCAAAUUAUGAAAACAUUGAGGGUAGAAGCUAUGUUGAAAAUUCAAGGUUGAGUGAGAGUUUGCUACUGAUGAAAUUCUACUCCUUAUCAUCAGGUGUUGUUUCGCAUCUUCUCUCUGGACUUGAUGGUAGUGAACUUGACCUUCCAUUUGAAGUAACAGAUCAGGAGCGGGAGGUUAUUCUUUUCCCUAAUAACACUUUCAUCCUUGGAAGGUCUGGAACAGGGAAAACCACUGUUUUGACAAUGAAAUUGAUCCAAAAGGAGCAACAACAUUACCUUUCCUCAGAAGGACAGUCUGAUGUGAAGUUUAGCAAAAGUAAGGAUGUUCACAUUGCAAAUGAGAUUGUGAAGAGUGUUGGAGAAGCUAGCAGCACUGUCUUACGACAGAUUUUUGUCACAGUUAACCCAAAAUUAUGUUCUGCUGUCAAGAAGCAAAUAUCUCAGUUGAAAAGGUGCAUAAAUUCAGUUCUUAAUUCUUAG